AAAAAUCGGAAUUUUAUGCGAAUUUGAUGGAAAAACGGCGAACCAAAGAAGAAAAACAGCAAGAAGAAUUACGAUUGGCUGGUGUAAAGAAGAAGGAGAAGAAGGAAGCGUUUGAUAAUCGACAUUGGACACAAAAAAAUUUGGACCAGAUGACCGAACGUGAUUGGCGUAUAUUUCGGGAAGAUUUCAAUAUUUCUAUUAAAGGUGGCCGUGUUCCGAAACCUCUGCGCAGUUGGGAAGAAGCAGGCUUACCUUCAGAAGUCUUUGAUGUUAUUAUGAAAAUUGGUUAUAAGGAACCAACACCAAUCCAACGACAAGCAAUUCCCAUCGGCCUGCAAAAUAGAGAUAUAAUUGGCGUAGCAGAGACUGGAUCUGGAAAAACGGCUGCCUUUUUAAUACCACUUCUAGUAUGGAUAACAUCUAUACCAAAAUUUCAUGGUAACGAUGAGCAAGACACGGGACCUUAUGCUAUUAUCAUGGCACCGACACGUGAGUUAGCACAACAAAUUGAGGAAGAAACAGUUAAAUUCGGACAGUUGCUUGGUAUCCGAACAGUUUCAGUAAUUGGUGGUGCUUCACGAGAAGAGCAGGGUCUAAAGCUUCGUCUUGGUGUUGAGGUGGUUAUCGCUACACCAGGACGUUUGUUAGAUGUUUUGGAAAAUCGUUAUUUAUCAUUGGAUCAAUGCACUUAUGUUAUUUUGGAUGAAGCUGACAGAAUGUUGGAUAUGGGUUUUGAACCAGAAGUGCAAAAAGUUCUUGAGUAUAUCCCAGUAACAAAUCUGAAACCAGAUACCGAAGAUGCGGAAAAAGAAGAGUCUAUAAUGGAGAAUUUUUAUUCGAAAAAAAAAUAUCGUCAAGUAAAUAUUAAAUAUUUUUUGCUUUCCUCAACAAAAAUUCAAAUAACUGAUAUUUACAAGAAUAUUUAUUUCCAACAUAAUGAUAGAUAG